AUGGCAUUCUCUUUCGGCGCCCCGGCCUCUACUGGCGCCUCUAGUGGAAGUCUUUUUGGCACAGCGGGCAAUGCUUUCGGCGCCAACAAGGAUAACAAUGCGUCUAGUGGUGGCCUCUUCGGUAAUGUUGGAGCUUCGUCCACCGCCAACAGCGCAUCGCCGUCGAUGUUUGGAGCAAACUCCGCAAGUGGCCAAAGUACACCAACCUUCGGCAAUGCAGGCGCUUCCAAUGCGACCAACGGCGGUACCUCGGCCUUCAGCUUCGGAGGCAAGGCUCCAUCCGGAACUGGCACGCAGCCCAACUCACUCUUCGGCGCCGCUGCCGGCAGCCAGACUCCCAACAAGCCUACAGAAUCGACCGCACCUGCCAGCAAUGCGCUGUUCGGUGGCGGAGGCACAAAGAGCAUGUUCGGCAACGCGGCCCCGACAGCUACCCCUGCUCCCGCGGGAGGCAAUCUGUUUGGCAAUAACUCCACCACCCCUGCUGGUCCCCCGCCUGCAUCCAACCCACCCAGCAGCUUGUUCGGGUCUGCGAAACCGGGAGCCUCGACUACCCCCACCGCAGCGCCGUCGUCUACCACACCUGCUACCGCACAGGCGCAGCCAUCUAACAAUAUGUUUGGAGGGGGAGCAACCAAGCCGCUGUUUGGAGGUGGCGCAACCGCUGCUGCACCCAGCGGCGGUCUGUUCGGUGCAAACAAGCCGGCCGAGUCAACUGCUCCUACGACUACUGCAGAGACCACUUCCAAGCCACUCUUCGGCGCAGCUGCACCCGCGGCUAGUGCGCAAAGCUCGCAGACACCGUCUCUGUUUAACAAUAAAGCUGCUCCCGGCGGCGACUCCGCUUCGAAGUCUGCAUUCCCGUCCCUCGGCGCUCCUCCUGCCUCCACCGCAAACACAACACUCUCACUAGGAGCCCCCGCCACGUCGAGUGCUACACCUCAAAAGUCUCUUUUCCCUUCCACCGGGAGUGCCACAUCCGCAGCUGCUCCCUCCACUACUCCGGCAACGGCUCCUCUUGGGGGAGGCCUGUUUGGGGCCUCAGCUCCCUCUACUACUCCAGGUACCGCGGCCACUGCCGCGCCUGCUACUACUACCCCUGCUGCACCUACGGGCGGCUUGUUCGGUCAAGCUGCUACUACGCCUUCGACUCAGGCAGCGGCCCCCACCAGUUCAGCACCCCUUGGUGGCCUUGGUACUCAAACGACCGCUGCUCCGACUACAACCGCUGCUGGCGCUGCUCCAGCUGGGCCCGCCGCCCUUGGCCAGUCUACCACGGGGCCAGCUCCUCCAGCCCAGUCACGCCUGAAGAACAAAACCAUGGAUGAGAUCAUCACCCGAUGGGCCACAGAUCUCGGCAAAUACCAGAAGGACUUCCGCGAGCAGGCGGAGAAGGUUUCCGAGUGGGACCGUCUGCUGGUGGAUAAUGGUACCAAAGUUCAGAAGCUGUACGGCAGCACUGUUGACGCGGAUCGAGCUACCCAGGAAGUUGAGCGCCAAUUGUCAGCGGUUGAAGGUCAACAGGAUGAGCUCAGCUCAUGGUUGGAUCGAUACGAGCGUGAAGUCGACGAGAUGGUUACCAAGCAGGUGGGCCCUGGAGAGUCCCUUCAAGGACCUGAUCAAGAGCGUGAGACAACUUACAAACUGGCCGAGAAGCUCUCGGAACGCUUGGACGAAAUGGGCAAAGAUCUUACCAGCAUGAUUGAAGAGGUCAACGGUGCCUCAUCCACAUUGACCAAGACCAACAAGGCAGAUGAGCCGAUCUCGCAGAUUGUCCGCAUUCUGAACGCACACCUGUCCCAGCUGCAAGUCAUCGACCAAGGCACCUCGGACCUGCAGUCCAAGGUUGCUGCCGCCCAAAAAGCGGGCCAAUCGAUCUCUGCCCGUCUCGGAUACGGCUAUCCUAACAAUGGUAUGGGCAACAACAACACCGCUGAUGAUUUCUACCGCUCGUUCAUGCAAGGGCGGUAA